GCGUGUGUGCGCUUCACACAGGUUCGCAGCGUGUGUCGGUGAUACAUGUAUACCCGCUUCCAUCUCUCCUCUCGGCGCUCCGUCGUUUCUGCCUGCCAUUGUCGACCUUGACACGCCCGACCUACAUUCGGAGCGGCUGCAUAUACGGAGCGUCGGUGGAAACAGACUACAGUCCAGUUGUGCCGUGGUUGUAGUUAGCUGCUGCUGCCGCUGCUUACCUGCUGAGAUGCUUGGACUGACGGAGUAUGCCGUACUGGCAGUCGUGCUGGCAGUGGUCGCCAUAGUCUAUCUGUACCUGGGUGGAAAGAAACAUCGACCGACAGUACCGGGUCUGAAGGCCUCCUGUGAGAAGGAAGGAAACCUGACGGACGUCACUCAGGCGGGCAGCCUACACCAGUUCUUACAGAAGCUACACUGGUCUCAUGGCCCCAUCGCAUCGUUCUGGUGGGGCACUCAGCAAACAGUCAGCAUUGCCUCCCCGGAGCUGUUCAAGGAGCAUCAGCAUGUGUUCGAUAGACCAGCACUUCUCUUCAAAAUGUUCGAGCCACUGAUUGGCAGCAAAUGCAUGCAGUUUGCCAACGGAGAGGACGGUAGACACAGGCGUGCUGUAUACGACCAGUACUUUACCGCCGAUGCUGUUGACACAUACUUUGACACCUUACACCAGGUAUAACCAAGAGUAGAUAAUAACAC